AUGACAACCUCCAACGCCCGACGCCGCCAGACUUCGCAUAAGCCCCCGAAACAUGUGGCGACCACGCCGGGCCCUCGAGUGAUCAACGCCGCCCCAUCGCUGGAAAAGGCCGAGAUGUACGGCGUCGACGACGACCGGCCCGUCUUCUCACGGGCCAUGGCCCUCGCCGGCCGCAUCUUUAUCGAGACCAUUCCGCAAUGGCUGACCAUUGGCGCCAUGCUCGCUCUGAUCUUUGGCGGCUGCUGCUCCAACGUCUUUGCGCUCGAAGCCAUUAUCAAGGUCGAGCCUGCCAGUGGUACCCUCCUUACCUUCACCCAGUUUCUCUUCGUUGCCAUCACCGGCUACGUCUCCCAGUUCGACGGCGACCGCCCGCCGUUCUUCAUUCAACCCAACAAAGUCCCCAUCAAGCGCUGGUGUGUCAACAUUGUCCUCUUUUUCAGCAUCAACGUCCUCAACAACCACGCCUUUAGCUACAACAUCUCGGUCCCCGUCCACAUCAUCCUGCGCUCUGGCGGCAGCAUCACCACCAUGAUUGCCGGCUUUCUGUACGGGAAGCGGUACUCCCGCAUCCAGAUCCUGGCCGUUAUCCUGCUGACGGUGGGUGUCGUCGUUGCCGCCUGGUCCGACGCGCAGAGCAAGGGCGUCGCAGAAGAGGCCGCCGAGGGCAACAUCGAGUUCAUCAUCGGCCUCUCCAUCCUGUUCGUUGCCCAGGUCCUCUCGUCCAUCAUGGGCCUCUACACCGAGGAGACGUACAAGAAGUACGGGCCCCAGUGGCGCGAGAACCUCUUCUACUCGCACCUGCUGUCCCUGCCGCUCUUCCUUCCCUUUUUGCCGUCCCUCGUUCGCCAGUUUUCCCGCCUCGCCAACAGCGCCCCGCUCUCUCUGCCGUUCUUGGAUGCUGCCGCCAGCACGGCCGCCCACGCCGCGAAGCGCGCCGUGGACGGCGCCGACGUCGCUGUUGCGGCCGGCCUGCGCGAGAGCGUCGAGCGCAUCCACAUCCCGAGCCAGCUCGUCUACCUGGUGCUCAACGUCCUCACGCAGUAUGCUUGCAUCCGCGGCGUCAACCUGCUGGCGGCCGCGUCCUCGGCCCUGACCGUGACCAUUGUGCUCAACAUCCGCAAGCUCGUCAGCCUGCUUUUCAGCAUCUGGCUCUUUGGCAACCGCCUCUCGCCCGGCACCCUGAUCGGCGCCAUUAUUGUCUUUUCGGCCGGCGGCCUCUACUCGUUUGACGGCAAGCGGAAGCCGUCUGCGCGGCCGCGCGCUGUGAGCGUCAAGGUGGGCUAG